AAUAUAGAAUUUGUCUGUACAAUGGUGUGUACACAUCCAAUGCUUCAAAAAAAUGUGAGGUUAGAAUUGGCGUCAGUUUAUUAUCAGAAACAGGGUAAAUUAACGUAAAUAAUUAACUAAUGAGUGAAUAUUGUGUGAAAUAGUAAGUACAAAAUGCCUCCAACAAUUCAACAACCUCAAGUACCGAAUCAAAAUGAGAAAAGACCUGUUAAGCCUGGAGAAAAAAGAUCCGAAUUAAUAUGCCGCGUAAAAUAUUGCAAUACCCUUCCUGAUAUUCCUUUCGACUUGAAAUUCAUUUCGUAUCCCUUUGAAUCGUCUCGUUUUAUCCAGUACAAUCCAACUUCUCUCGAGCGAAACUACAGAUACGAAGUGCUUACAGAACACGAUUUAGGAGUGAAUAUUGACCUGAUAAAUAAAGAUAUUUAUUCCGUGGAACCUGGGGCAAUACUUGAUCCAGCUGAUGAAAAACUUUUAGAAGAAGAUAUUCUUACACCACAGGACUCGAAACGAUCUCGUCAUCAUGCACGUUCAGUGUCUUGGUUGCGUAGAACUGAAUAUAUUUCAACUGAGCAGACACGAUUUCAACCCCAAACUAUGGACAAAGUCGAGGCCAAAGUUGGCUACAGUAUUAAAAAGAACCUUAAGAAUGAAACUUUGUAUAUGGACCGUGAUUCCCAGAUUAAAGCUAUCGAGAAAACGUUUGAAGAUUCUAAGAUCCCUAUCGAAAAACACUACAGUAAACCAAAUGUUUAUCCUGUAGAAGUAUUGCCAGUAUAUCCAGAUUUCAAACUCUGGAAAUAUCCUUGUGCCCAAGUUAUAUUUGAUAGUGAUCCUGCACCAGUUGGUAAACAAAUUCCAGCUCAAAUUGAAGAGAUGUCUCAAGCUAUGAUUCGAGGUGUCAUGGAUGAAAGUGGAGAACAGUUUGUGGCAUACUUUUUGCCCACUGAAGAAACGCUGGAGAAACGUCGCAACGACUUUGCCCAAGGUAUUUCUUAUCAAGAUGAUGAGGAAUAUGAAUACAAAAUGGCUAGAGAAUAUAAUUGGAAUGUUAAAAGUAAGGCAAGCAAAGGAUAUGAAGAAAACUAUUUCUUGGUUGUACGUCAAGAUGGUAUAUAUUACAAUGAAUUGGAAACAAGAGUAAGACUGAGUAAAAGAAGACAAAAAGCUGGGCAGGCCACUAGUAAUACACGACUUAUUGUGAAGCAUAGACCUAUGGAUGCUCAAGAAUUUAGAAUGCAAAGAUAUCGUGAAAAACAGCUUGAGCCUCCUGGUGAUGAGGAUGAAGAAUAUGAGCAAGAUCAAGUUGAAGAAACACAAGAAGAACAGGCUGAAGAGAGUCAGGCAGAGUCUGAUCAAGAGAAACAAAGUAACAAAGAUGAAGCAAGUGAAAAUGAACAUGAAAAAAGUGACGCGGAAAAGUCUCGUGCUUCUUCAAGAGCAUCUUCGAGAUCAUCAAACCAUUCAGAAAAAUCUGGGUCAAGAUCUCCAUCUAGAUCUAGAUCAAGUUCGAGGUCAAAAUCCAGAUCAAGAUCGAAAUCAAAGUCGCCAUCGAGGUCACGCUCCCCUUCACGAUCCAAAUCUAGGUCAAAAUCGCCCUCUAAGUCGCGAUCGCCUUCUAGAUCUAAAUCGCGUUCUCAGAGCAGGUCACCGUCAGGAUCGAGGUCGAGAUCCCAAUCGGGAUCCCGUUCUCCAUCUGAUAAUGAGUCCAAGUCUGGAUCAGGGUCUGGAUCUGAUAAUGGAUCUAACAGAGCUUCUGACAGCGAGUGAGAAAGUUGUUGUUCAUUGAUAUUUCUCGACCUGGAUGCUAUUUAAAUAUUUGACUAACCUCAUAAUUUCACGACUAAUACAAAUAAAUCCGCAAUACUUUGAGCUGAAUUUGGAAAUCAAAAUCCAGACUAAGAUCAAAAUCACUUUUUAAACCGCAAUUACCUUCUGAUACUACAUCUGGAUCCUUAAUCAGGUUUUUUAAAGCGAAAAGCGUAAGUUUUGUUAUAAUUUUUUAAUUUUUUUUUAAGCACAUCAAUUGUACCAUUCAAUUAUGCAAUGGUAAAGGUUUCUCAGGAAACAAAAUACGUAUUUUUAUGGUUUCUUACGAGAUAUUCCUCCAAACAAUUUAUAUGUAACUUUAUAAUUGACUCUUUCCAAUUUUAGUAUCUAUCUUGUUUGGUUUAUUUAACUUACAUGUACAUAUCAAAAGAUAAUCGCUAUAAUAACCAAAUUAGAAUAAUUUCUUAUAGAAUUUGAAAUAAAAGGUAGUUAAUAA